GAACAUGCGCAGUGGGUUUCGCCGUGUUCUCUAUGGCUCUAAGUAUGUAACUGGUGUAAAUAUGGAGUUUCGUGUAGGAGAUAAUAUCGUAGGGUGUGUUGAAUUAAACGGAUAUGCGGGCGAAGGAAUCGCCGAUAAACUAUACAAGGUGAUUUGCUUAACCAUCCCGUAUUAGUGAAAUUGCGUUUUAUAGUCUUAUCUGCAUGAUUGCCGAAAGAGAGGUGCUCGUGUACGAUUGUUUUGGAAUGGUCGCCAUGUUGAAAAUAUAUGAUUAUAAAAAGUGGCCGUUGUAACGUUAUUUGCAGUUUGGUGCGGUUUCGUAUUGUGCGGGUGGAGCUGUGAUAGUUUUUAGGAAUUUGUGUUUUAUAUUACGCGAACGGGUUUUGGACAAAUAACAAAACGCAUGUAUCGCCGUUGUUUACGUAGAGAAGAAGAUGAACCCACAAAGUCCAACGAAAACUGUACUCAGGAUUUUAGAACGGGCGAAUCCUUUCUACCACUUGUUCGAUUAUUACAAUGAAGCUUUGAAUAGUGACUCCACUACCUAUGAAGAUAAGUGUAAAAUAAUCAUCGAAAUAUGGAAAGCCGUUGGAUUAACAUACAAACAACACAAUUUACAAGAUAUUAUUCGUGUUAUGGAAUGGGGAAAACAUCACACAUUCGAUAUUGUUUUAGAUGGCCAGUGGGAUACUCAUAAAACCUAUUACGAACAAGUUUUUAUAUUGUUUCUAAAAGAAUGUGAAGAAAAUUUAGUUAAAGUUAAUAAACAAUUUCAUUAUCAUUUUCAAAGGUUAAUCAAACUCAUUCAACAACCAUGGGAUAACAAAGUAUUACGAGCCAUUAUACAGAGUAAUGAAAAAUCUGAACUCACAGAAAAAGAAAUAGACUACUUUACAAAUGAAAGUGGUUACACAAUAUCCAUGCGAAUCAAAAAAUUAAUCGACGCCCAAUGUGAAGAUUUAGCGAUGAAUUUGUGCUCGUCCUACUUGAAAUGCCUGAAAUUGGCCGAAGAGGGUAAAGUGACGCUGGCUGUCACUGAAGAUCAUAAAAGAUACGCUUUCGAUGUUUACAUCGCUUUAUUGUAUAGCUCUACCCGAAUGGAUAAAAUCAUUAGUUUGUUAAAAGAUUUAAAUGAUAAAGAAGCAAAAGAAUUAGUGGGACGUUUUGCAUCUAAGGAUUCAGUAAAUUGUAAAGUAUGGAGGUCAAGUUACAAAUUGACGUUUAUUUCGGCGAUGCUUUUCUUGAAAAGGCACGCUCAGUUAGAAUCGUUUGAAGAUCAACAGACUGUGCUUCAUAUCAUGAAGGGAUGGCUAAAAUCCAUCGAGAAUGGUUACAGUGUUUCGGACGCUGUAAUUGGGUUGAAACGAUUACUAACGCAGGAGACUACAUCAAUUUUUAUCUACACGCUUAUUGAAAGCUUAAAUUCUAUCGAUGUAAAACAAACUAGGAUUGAGUUAUAUAUUCGUGCGUUAAAUAAAGAUUUGAACCGUUUGGAAACAUCGAAAGUGGUUAAAGAAGAUAAAUUGGCGACGUCAAUAUCGCAAGCGUUAGCGGAGGGUUUAUUAAAAUUAGCUGCGGAGUUAGACGAUCAUUUAACUGUUGCUCGAGAGUGCGUAUUAACGGCGUUUAGUUUAAAUCCAACAAGGACUAUAUUUGAUUUAAUCGAAAAAAUGGCGAAUAGAUGCGGAUUGAAUGUUUUAGAUACCGGACAGUGGAAGUGUAAAUUUCAUGCUAUGACUGAAACUGGUGAUACAACUAAUAUUUGUGAAGCAUGUAAUGAACCGAUGGAACCGAUAAGUUUGCGUGCUUUUAACACAAAUACGAUAUUGAGUGAAGCGUUGACUGUCGAAAAUGUUGGCCUUCCUCAAGAACUCUGUGACGAUUUAGUAAUAAUAUUGUGUUCACCGCGAUAUCAACUAUUAAGUUGGUUACAAGAGUGGAGUGAUCUUCAUCGUUUUUGCAUCAUGUACUUAGAUAAUCCACAUAAAACUAAAAAUUAUAUAACGGAACUUAAAUUUAUCGAAAUAGAUUAUUCUUUAUUCCAAAAAGCGAGGCAGCAACUACAAAUUGAGCCGGUUGAUAUCUGUUUUGGUUACGAUAAAGUUUUGGAAGAAUCAGACGCUGAAGAUGAGGCGAGCGUCGCAGCAAUAAUGUCAGAUUCCAGCGACGAAAUCAUAGAUUAUCACGCGAGGCGGAAAAAUAAAAUGAAGAAGCAGGUUAUCAGAGAUACUUCAGAUGAGGAAGAGGAGGAACCUUCGAAUAUCCAAGAACCCAACAAUUUAACUUCAGAACUUAUAGAAAAAUCAUAUUACCCGCAAUCCGAUCCUGAAGUAUUAAAAUCGUUACGUUCGUUUAGGAAACGUAAAACGGAAGAGGAAUUACGGGAGAUUCCGUCAAAAAUUACUUUGGUGGAAACGAGCAUGUCUUCAUGUUCAUCACCAUUUGCACAAAUAUUGGAUUGGACUUCUCCUUUAAAACAGUCACUCGAUAAUAUCCAUAACCAGCUGAAUGAACCACAAGAUCUACCACAACAUCAAGAGUCUCGAGUUCCUCCACAACCUCAACAGUUUCAAGAUUUACAACAGCCCUAUCAAAAAGCACUACAACUGCAAAAGUUACUAGAUCCACAAAAACCACUGGGUGUACAAAAGGAUCUAGACCUACAACAACCAUUAGAUCUACAAAAGCCAGAAACAAGAAUGCAAGAAUCCCCAAAACCACAACAAUACCAAGAGCCAAAACAGCCCCAAAAGCCAGAACAAUCCCAAGAACCACAAUCAUUACACACUUCAUCACUGUCUACUGAAGAACCAUUAAAUCCUCUAUUUUCAAAUUAUAUCGCUGAUGAAGCGAUGGACUUAUCAAAAAGUAAAAAUCAAACAAUUGGUGUAAUCGAAGAUUUCGAUCCGUUUCAAGAAAUCGAUCGGAUAUUGGAAAAUCCGGGAAAUACCGAACCCGUUGCUGAUGUUAUUAUAGAAGAAGAAAUUGAAAAAUUUUUAGAUGUAUCAAUAGAAACAAAAGAAAAGUCCGAGUCUUCCCUUGUUAACGUAAUCGAAAAUGUUGAAUUAAAUGAUAAAGAAUUAAAAGAAAAACAAGAAAAGGAAGAACAACUAAAUGAGGUAUUAACUAGCGAACAAUUAGAUGAUAAAAAAUUAAAUGGUGAUCAAUCAGAUGGGGAAUCUUUAAUUAGUGAGCAAUUAGAUGAUAAAAAAUUAAACGGUGAACUAUUAAAUAACGAAUCAAUUAAUAUUAGUCAAUUGGGAGGGGCAUAUCCGCCUAUUUCAAUUGAAAAUAUUAUUCGUAAAGAUAUAAUAGUACGUGCUUUAGCAUCAAAAGUUGUCCUUCAAAGAUUAAAUCAUAACCAAAUGAGUGUAGCAACGGUACAUUCUCCAACAAAACUGAGAGCGGAUAUAAAUAACGAAGAUGAUGUUCUCGUACCGUGCUGUUCACCAUCAUCAACGAUUGAGUUUAGUUCGAACGUUUCAUCAAAUUGUAACGAAACAGAUAUCGACGAAAAAAUGGAAAAUCCGAAAAAAUUAAUUUUGGAAGAUGUUACUCAAAUUAACGAUAACAUCGAUAUAAGUAUUAUUGAAGAAGUUGUUGGGCAAAAAGUGAUAAAGAAAUCACAGCAGAUGUCGGGAAGACGCAAAAAUGAUCCGUACUUAGAUUUAGUAUUAAAUCAACCUAGAUAUAGGCGAUCUCAUAAGCAUCCGGCGAAGUUCGAAGAUUACUUGUACGAUUAUCCUGAUUGCCGCCGAAAGAAGCAUAGUAAACAAGUCGAUACGAACAAAAAUGAAGUUGCGCAAGAUUCUAACGACGUUGAGGAUGAUAAACGAAAUGAAACGUCACCUAACGUUUUAAAAAGUGAUAAUUAUUCCGGACAGAAAUAUUCACACCAAGAUCCGGAUGUUAAAGAACAAACGAAUCAGGACAAGAGUUUAUUUCGUGAAAAAGGUACUGAGGGAAUUUUUACUGAAGAGACGGGGAAAAUUGUAAAGAAACCUCACCGGGAAUUUAAUGAGAACAAAGAAAACUCGGUUUAUAUUUCGAAACGCACCAUCAAAGGUAAGAUAAAAAAGAAACCAAAGAAAACCCGUCGAUUAUCAAAAUCCGAUGAAAAAGAAAUUGAAUCCGACCGAGAAAUUGACGGCAUUCAGGUCGGUAAUGAAAUUUAUUCACGGUUACUUAAAGAUGUUAAAGUAGUGAUCGAUAGGAUUUAUUUACCAGAUGGCAAAAAGAAGUUCUCCCUCAGUACCGAUUCAAAAGUUUUUAAAAUGUGCGAACGACUAAAUCGUAAGCUUCCGCGAAAACCUUUCGCAGAAACCAACAAGAACCAAAGAGUUUUAGAAGACUGGAGGUGUAAAAACCCUGAAUUUAGUAACGCUUUAUUAGAACCGCGAGUUUUUCUCGAACGCAUGAACGUCAAUGGGCGAUUUCAUAGCCCUAACAAUCGAAAAAACGGGGAGAAAAAGUCUCAUCGCAAAUAUAAUACCGGUAACGUCCGUUCAAACAAUGCAAAAAACGUUUUGGCUAAUGUGCCAGGCAUGAAAGAUACUGGUUUAAUACAACCACCGCCCGUUGCGAACGUUGUUCAAGUCGUGCAAAUGACCGGGAGAUCAACAAACGCAUCUACGGGAUCUCAAACUAGCACGCAAGUUUCGCCACAUAUACAAAGAAUUGGUCAACCUCGACAAGAUAAACCGGAAACUUCCGAAGAUGCCGCCGCGGCGACGACAUCAAAAGCUAGCUCUAAUUCGAAACCGGCUACCACACAACCGUCGUCUUUGAUCAACAUUUUGUCGCAUCCCGUUAUUCGUACGUCAGCAGGUACUGCUGCUUCCGGUCGAACGCCGCCCGUCAUUAAUAUUCUUUCGAAUCAAAUCAUUCGACCUGCGAGUGCAACUCGCGUUACUCGUUCCGCAUCCACGGCUACAGCGACGAUGCCUUGCCAGUCAAAUAACAAUACGAUUCGAUCAUCUGGUGAAUCUCAAUUAAUCAAUCAACUGACGAAUCCCUCGAGAUCAACGACAACGUCAAGCUCAACGAUAAAAGUAGCGACAUCAUCGUGUGGUGAACCAGGUCGAAUAGUUCAGUUUAUAUGUCAGUCUUCGGAUGGGAAAUUAAUUCCGGUGUCGUCGUUCGCUCAGAAUUGCGUAGUGAAAGUAGCCUCAUCUCAAAGCGUAUCUCCAACGAGCCCUGGUUACGAAGACGGUGGUUUCCCGAAGGCGGGAAAAAAUAAAUCGUCUUCAGAUGGCGGCGGCGUCGACUCGGAAUGUUCAGACACGUUGCCAAAAUUUCAACAAGCAUUCGGUAAGUCCGUUUAUCAGACCAAACCGACCGGGACUAACUCGACUAAUGUAACUAACAACGUCGUCAAUCAUGAAGUUGAGAAACAGCCGAAAUUGCCGGCGUCGACAACGACUACUGCCGUUGCUAAACCGGCGACAAUUCCCGGCGGAGUUAUUUAUACGAGACAGGUUCAAAGCGGACAAACGAUAAAUUUGAUACCUCAAAGUCGAGGUCAAGUGUUUCGAAUCGCCGCCACUUCGAAUUCGGAUCAAAUUUCUGUCGUAAAAGACACGUUAAUUCAAAAUAAAAUGAACGCGCUUUUAGCGGCCGCGUUAAGCAAAAAAGAUAGCGAUGAUUCGGAAUCCGAUAAAAGGGAUGAUUCAACCCCCGCGAGUACGGCGACAACCACAACGACUCGCGUCGCAAUUGCCACUCGCCCCGGAUUCGUUCAAAACGCGAGAAUCGUUAAACCCGUUUUACAAAUACCCAGUAACGUUAUAAGAAACGCCCCGCAAAACAUGAGUUCAACAACAUUAGAACAAUUGAGAGAAUUUGACAUGGUUUAUAAACAAGUUAAAGAAAGAAGUAGCACAACACCAGUUAGCGAAACUUCAACGAAUUCUGAAGUUUCAGAAUCGCAGUGUAUAAGCGUAACAUAUCUGAAUCAAGGACAAAAAAUUAAUUGCGCUCCCAUAGUCGUAGUAAGUAGUUACAACGCGAUUCAGCCGGUGUCUUCGUCGACGCUGAACGUUGUUUCGCAAGGAAAUACAAGUCCUAGAGUUACUCCGUCUCCAUCUCAAACUGCCUCCUCGGUAAUUCCAAAAGUGACUCCAAAACCAUCCAAAGGAAAAACAGUAAAAACACCAGCCAUUCAAACCGCUUCGAAAGCAUCUCCGGUUCCAAAACCUCAACAAAAACCACAAGAAGACGAACAUACCACGCAAAGGAUAUUUGAUAUUUUGGCGGAGUACGCGGAACAGUUGAGAAAUUCGCCUGAUUUAAAUAAUAAACCAGCACCUAGGAGGCGUUCGAACCCGCCAACGAAUCCCAGUCAAAAUUCUAAACGAAAAAAGAGUUCUAGUUCAAAAAAGCCGUCGCAGAGUAAUUCGACGUUACCCGCGGAACCGGAUACCGAAGAUCCCCGAACGUUAGGAAGCGAAGAUUCUUCUUGCGGCGUGAUGCAAUUGUCCGUACCAGAUGAUGAACAGCCGGUUGCAUUGGCGAGUACGUCCGAGUCUAAUGAUUCGACUUCUACCCCUAGACAACAGCUUAUACUAACCGAUUCAUCUAAUCAACCCCGUAACCUAAUAAUAGCCGAGUCUAGCGUAGGCGAAGCUUUGAAAAUGCCCAACACAGCCGUUCUAGUUCCCGGAAAUUAUAUAAUGCCCGUAUCGAUGGUGAAGGGUGGUCAACAGAUCGCCGUGGUGUCGGGUGGUAGUAAAAUAUUAGCAACCGUUCCCGCACGUUCUGGUCCUAACAUGCUCUUAUUCCAAAGUUUCCUAAAUCAAAAUAGAAAAAGUUCCGUUUCGACAGUCAAAUAUUCCGCCAUUCAACCAAUAUCAGGAAUUUCCUCUCAAAGCUUAGCUGGCGUCACGGCUCAACCUCCCGUCAUUUUACCCCCAUUAUCGCACAGCAUAAGUACCGUGACGUUAGGACAACCCAUAACUGUUAAAAAAUUGGAUAACGCUGGUCAAGUCAAUACUGAACUAUUGCUGACGAUUUCCCAAUCUAGAGAAAAUGAUUCUCCAGAGGAUGCUCCGCAACCAGAUAGUAGUACGAACGUAGUGUCUACGAAUCUUGAAACGGUGGAGCUUGACGAAGCUGCAACGCUUUCCGACAAUUGUUCCGAGAAAAGUUACACCCCGUACCAAAAACCGCUUAUCGCAUCACCCAUUGCGACCCCUGUGAUUGCACAAACCAGCGUUGCCAACGCCGUCAUGGCCAGUAACUCCACCGUUUCCGCACCUCCACCCACGGAAGACAACAUCUCUGAAAGAUCUUCAUCUGCGGCCCAAACGGUUAUGACCCUAAAUGUUUCUCCAAUUGAACAAAAAGGUGAACUGCGCAAAAAUGAAGAACGAAUUCAAACCGUACUAGUUACUGCCAGUGGUUCCAACGGGUCUAUGAUCGCUCAAGCUCGACCUAACUUCAAAGAUUCUACGCGUACCGUCAAUAAAACACAAUCGAAUAAAGAUGACUUUUUAAGAAAUAACGAUAAGAGAAAUAGUGAUUCAAAAAAUACGCAAAGUAAUAAUGCGUAUCCAGCACAAGGAAAGGUGAAGAAAGUUCAAGUGGCGACGCAGCGUUUAGAUAGAGAGUUGCAACAAUUGUGUCUGCAAAGGAAACAAGCGGCUUUAGAGCGCGAAUUGCGACUGCAAAAGUCUCUGUCUGAAGAGUGUGAAGAUUUGGGUGUGGAUGAGCCGAGCACAAGCGACCUGUUUCCGGAGGCGGAAUUGUUGUUCGAUUCAAACCAUUCGCCGUCGUUCGAACAGACAUCGGACGUGACUAAACGAAUCGUCGUUCAGCAGGAAGGAGGUAAGGAAGAGGCUAAGUUGACGUUGUUCAGCGAUGACGAUUUUUUAUUUGAGGCCGGUGAGUACCAGAAAGGUGAAGGUACGGCCGAAUACGAUGGGAGGACCAACGGACAGAGCAACGACGCGGCGUCGCCUUGCGAAGACGCGACGCUGCUCAGGACUUGUACCUCCAUGUCGGAUGUAACACUCAAUUCGCCAAUUUCGCCGGACACUUUCCGUCCGACGACUCCUCCCCCGUUACACAAAUAUGUACAUAAGUAUAGCAAUAGGAAAAAGAGUGAUAAGACUACAAAGCAAACGGAUAAUUGGACGGGUGAAGUGUCCAGUUCCGAGGAUACGACCGGAAGUAAUGAAAUAAAAGGCGGUAGUCCGGAGGUUUGUUCGAGCAAAGGAAUGACGAUCGACGAAGACGGUCAUCACUUUACUGACGGUAAUUCGCAUUCAUUUAAAGUGGUGCGUGUCGCCGUUGCUAAACAGGAAUGUGGCGAUUGUUCGGAAGAUGGCGACUGUUCGUUAAGCGGCAGAGGUGCACGGCGUAGUGUUAAGAAAUUGUGUUCCUGUUGCAACGGCGCAUCAUCGCAGGACUCGCGAAAGCGACCCGCUCAGCCGCACCAACACGUACCCGUGCCGCAGAAGAAGGUUUUCCCCAUGAAAAAAAGAUAGUGUGUGCGAACAUGUGUCGUUAGUUUAUUCGGCGCCUGUAGGCAGGCUUUCAAGUGAUUGCACUUUAGUACAAAAUACGAAAUACUUCAAAACUACGUAUCAUUCAUUUCUUUCCGGUCUGCCUGGCGGAAAUGAACAUAAACAAAAAAGGUAAAUAAUAAUAAACGAUUUUAAAUAACGUAAAUGAACAAAAGAUUAUCUCUUGUAAAUUUCUUCUUAUUGUAAAAUAAUGUAUGUGCAGUUCUUCAUUGAUGUAAAUAAAAUAUAUCUUUCCAUUUAAUAGCGCAAUAAUAUGUAUUAUUAAGGACAGUUUUCACAUUCUGUUUACAUCAUUUCUCUAUAACACAUUUUUGAAUAAUUAUUCUUAUCUUUUAGUGGCGAUAGAAGGUAAAUAUUGAAAUACUGUUUCAAGGGAAAUCAUAAAAAUUUAUUAUUACUAUAUAUUACCUGAUAACAAAAGUAUUAUUUUAAUAGGUACAAAAGAAAAGUUGCUGUAAAAAUUGGAAACGACAAUGUGCUUCUAUUGCAGGUAAUAUGAUGGAAAUGUUUAUGUUGCCACAAAAACAAUUUACGUAUAUGCCAUCUAUCAUAUCUAAAAAAUAGGAAACGGGAUAAAGACGAUAAUUUUUUUGUUAUUCGCAGAAUGGAGAACUGAUCCGUAAAGUUCUCGAUUAUUUUCAUCAUCUAAAAGUAUGCUCAGAAAUUAAAAAAAAAAUGAUAAGAAAAAAAUACUUUUUAGAGAAGCCUUGUUAAUAUUGUAAUGAUAUUUCGUACUUAGAUAUAGAAAGGAUCCUACCCUCUUUUCUGUUUUCGUACGUACAUUUCGUAUGCACUCAGUUUCUUUGAAACCGCGUCCAGUUAUUUUAGCAAUAGUUAAGUAUUCUGUUGAACGAUUCAAAAAAGGAAACUAGAGCAAUAAAAGUGCGGUAUAUAUAAAAAAGAAACGGGUUCUACAUUAUUUUGGUAAAUUUAGUUUAUUUCAUUUCCUUUUUAGAGUUUAAAGAAAAUUUUCGUACAAUUUAUGUGUGGUAGAAAUUUUUCUAGUCAUUUGACAUAAAUGAGAAAGCACUUGUGAUAUAUGAUUGUUGUCCGCAAUUUAUUUUGACUGUUUGUUUAGUUUAUUUCAACAUUGUCGUGGAAUUCUUCUUUUUGUAAUAUUUUUCCAAAGCUAAUAAACGUUUUGCUUUAGGAUAAACGCAAUUUCUAGUUUUAGAUGGAGACGGCGAAGAGCGGGAAAAUAUCGUGUAUUAGUUGUGACUUUUUUUUGAAACUGAGUGUAGAAUAGUCAGAUAUUAUAGAGUAAAAAAAGAAAAAAAAUAAUUUAGGACAUAAGUUACUUUUACUGUACAUAUAAGCAAAAACUUUUAUUUAUUUUGUUAUCAGUAUUGUAAUAAAUGCGUAUUAAAUGAUU